AAUUUUUUUGACCGUCUUUGCCGCCUGCCAUUUCGCUUCUAUUUUUGGAUUGGCAUCGCUGGAACGAAACGACGAAAUAGAGUCGAAAAAGGACAGCAAGGAUCUGCGCUUUGUUUUUCUCGUUGACUAGAGUAAAAAUAACAUUUUUCCCCUCUCAGGCAAACUGCAAGGCCAUGUCGCUUAGGACGAGAGAGAAAAAGCUUUCACUUUGUCCUUUUUCAUUUGUCAAUUUUCUGUUACUAUUUUUUACACUAUUAUAGCAGUAUAUUUGUUGACUUGGCCACUGCCAUUAAUUGCGUCCUUUUUGCUUACUGUAUCCACUACACUGCCCACCAUUUUCGUAAACAAGACAGCAUCGGCAUAGCAUAAAAGCGGGGUCAAAUGCGAGGGUUCACAUUGCACAGGCUUUCCGUCACAGUGGCGCUGGCGCUUUUCUGCCUUGCCAGCAUCUCGUCGGCUCAAAAUGACAAAGAUACAUCGUCGACACCAACGCCGACAAGAUCGCUGACCAGAACCAGCAACACUGAAUCGCCCGAAGCAUCGGCUACACGCAAGGAUGACUCUGAUGUAGCCAGCGACAAAAACGAAGAGAGUGACCUGGAUAACGAAGUAUCUGAUGACCCCGAGCCCACAAAUCACAAUGACGAUGACAACAACCCGACCCAAAGUUUUGACGAGAGCUACGACGUGACGGGUAUAGUUGGUGCGUUUUCGUGGAAAACACCCGAUGUCGUUUCCGUUCCGACGCCCAUGUUUGUAAUUGGCGAAAAGAUUACGCUUGGCUGGACCUACACCAACGAUACUCUACGCCCACCAGCAAAGGUUUCCAUCUGCGGCAAGUUCCCCAGCGACAGCGGGAAAUCCACUAGCCGGGCGGCAAUCUGCGACUGGACCAUUGCAGUCAACGUCUCUGGCGAGGGAAAGAAGUUUAUUUGGGACACGGUCACCGAUGGCGCAAAGGGAAUUGCAUUUUCUGAGGACACUGGGUACAAACUUUACAUUUAUGACAGCGACCACGAUGUGUCCGACAACACACCUGGUGCCGGCCGAGUCAUGCCGCUCAUGUUUUGGUUCAACAUGUACAAUUCGCGGUACAAUAUGACCAACCAGGGUGUCCCUAUGGGCUACGAUCCAAGUGCGGCGCCGAACAUUGCUGUUCAUCUGUGGACCGUACUCGGAGCGGUUGCCUUGGGAGUUCUGGGCAUGCUGGUGUAAAAAAAAGACCGAAAAUAAAAUAAAUGCAAUACAAUGUCAGCGAGAGGGCCUUCUUCAUUCAAUAUAAUACAUCUCUCACUUUAUUCACUCUUCAUAUUCACGUUGCUCAUAUUUUUUAUAAAUAACACUGGAUCAUGUCUCUGUUUUUGAUGCACAAUCUGGCGAAUGAGUCUUGAAAUCAAAAAGAGUACAGCCAGACAACACGCAGUUGUAUGCAUGUCAUAUUCUGG